CCUGUGCCUAAGAUAGAUGCACACAGGCAGCCACAGGGAGCCAUGGCAGAAACAAGCCUGGGUGUUUUUGGCAUUGUGAAGACAGUCCUACAAAGUGCAGCAGCAGGUUUUGCUUUUGGAGAAGCUGCGUUAUUUGCAGUUGAGCCCUCACUGACUGAAGAUGGCGUCCUGCUGACUGCUGCGACUCUGGCUGCUGGGCGAGCCGGUUCCACAGGCGUCGGGGUGGUGACGGCAUGCCUCGUGUUCACCUCAGUGCUCAUUUCUCUGGGAUGUGGUUUCCUCCUCGCUGCCAUGGUGAUGAAGCUGCUGACCAACGUUGGAGUGACGUUGCCGUGGUUAGUGGAGGCCACAACAGGAGCCUCUGUUGUGGUGGGAGCCGUCACUACAGGAGUGUUAGCGGGCAUCCUUCCACCAUGGAUCUACAUCGCAGCCCAAGGCAUUCUGGUCCUUGUAGUCUACUCUUACUCCAAUAUUAAUGACAUGACCACAGCUCUGUUAAUCAUCUUCACCACUCUGUACCUCAGUGUCCUAUACGGCAGAAUGGGUAUCAUGGUUGGACUCUUCGUCGUGGGAUUGACCAUCUCUGUGCUUUGUGCCCUACGAAAGGCUCUGACAGAGAGGAUGACACAAAGAACAAAAUCUAAAACCGGGUGCAAACUUUUAGAGAGGAUAUUCUUCUACUCUGUUUUUGUGGGGAUACUGGGAUUUUCAGUAGGUUUGGGUGCAGGUGAAGCAGGAGAAGGGUCUGAAGCAGAGGUGGUUUUGAUGCUGCAGUCGGUCCUCUGGAUGGCGUUUCUGUCUGCAGGGCUGCUAGGUGCUGGCCUGGGAACUGUGGCCAUGGUCGGGCUGGGGCCAGAGGUGGCUGGAAAGAUCGCUGUGGGAGCUGCUAUAAUAUCAUCAGUUUCCCUGAGAGCCAUUCUGCAAUCAAGCUCUUCUCUGGGGACCCGAAGCAGCAUAGGUGGAACGUUAGGAGCUGCUACAGCUGCAGGGGUGUCACUUGGAGCUGCAAGUGUUGCAGCAAAACAAGCGUUCGGGUCUAGAAACUCAACUUUAGCAACUUUAGGUUCAGUUGUUGUUGGUGCAAUUCUGGCAAUGCAAGGUGUAGCACUGAAAGUGACUCUCCUGACAACAUCAGAACUUCUCACAAUCACCCUUGUUGCAGUGGGGGCAUUUGUUCUUGGUGCACCAAAGAGCCCAUUCCACACUCAGGUGAAUCUCCAAAGAGGCCUUCUCUCGGGGCCAGAGCUAAUUAAAGGAAUCGGCAUGGAGACGGUCACCGCAGCAGCAGCACCUAUCGGAGCCGGGGCACUCGGGGCUGCAGCAUUGGGUACCGCAGCCCUGGGGAGACUGGGUACUGUGGGAGUUCUGGUGGCUAUAUUGUUGGCGUUGGGAAGUGCUCUUAGUGGCAUGAUAGGAAAAUCACCGCCGACAACAAGCACACACAGAGAGUGAUUGAAGCCUGGGUUUAGAUCUCUGUCUCUGCAUGCCUGAAUACAAGGCCAGACACUAAAAAAAGAGUGCAUACAGUAUUUGUGCAUGUUAACUAGAUUGAUGUGUUUGCAUUAUUGCACGUCUACACUGGCAUACAAGUUAUAACAACUUUCAAAUUUAGCUUAUUUGAAUCUGAUUUUUAAAUUCAAAAGCGCAUUUGCUUAUUGAUCAAAUCUGACAAUUGUCAUAAACAUGUUUUAUUGUGGCUACCAGUGUUGAAUAAAAUAGAUGAUAAAAGUUAUCCAAGCAUGUGUUUUUGUAUUUAUUGACUAAAAUAUGAAUAUCUUAGUACUGAUUACUGUAAGACACUGGGGGGUCAAACAAGUUGAAUGCCAAAAUAGCUGUAAUGAUCCCUUUUGCUCACCUCUUCACACCAGCAUUGCCACAUUUCCCAAGAGGUGAUUGCAAGUUGCCAGUUACUUUGGUUUCAUCUUAGCAACAGUAACAGAGGACUAGAAAAAGGAGGGGGAGUGGGAGGAGAGAGAAGCAAAGACUAACAGAAGACUGAAGAGCAUCUUUGAGUAGAGUCUGUUGUGCAGACGAUUAAGACAAAUAUAGACUCACACAUCAAAAUAACAUUUUCUGCCUAUAUAUAUUCAUAUUACCCUUACUGAAAAUAUUAUAUGUUGCAUGCGAAUGGAUAUCCACCUGUGGCUCAGGGUUUUGUUGGUCUACCAUGGCAGCACAAAGGACUGCAGCAUCAUGAACAAAGAAGUUUUUCCCACUGAAACAGCCUGGGGACAGAGCAGCAGCUCCAAGACUGUGAGACGCUCUCAGAAUCUAAAAUACUUCUAAGGAAUUGUAUGGCACCAUAAAAUGAAGAAACAUGGUAAUCGUUUUGAAAGGUAAGCACAUUUCUAUGGUGGAUAAAGCCAAUGGUGAAAGUCAUUGGAACACUCUGGGAUGUAAUUAGUUUCUGCACUGCCAUGUUUUUCAUUGAGUUGGAUUGAAUUUUGCAACAACAAAAAUGAAAAGUUUGACAAUGUAAUUAUCUCCUAAAGUAGAACAAAGAUGGGCUGCAUCCCAACUUUUCCAUGGAUUUUGGCAUUCUGCGCACUUCAGGAUUAAUGUAGGCCUACAACAGUAUUACUCCAUGAACCUUAAGAGAAGUAGGCUACCUUAAUAGAAGCAACAUGUCUCUUAACCGGGUCCAUACAACAGACACGGAGCAGUCUGCAGAGUACUCAGUGGAGUAUUCAGUUCGGGUUCCCAGUGAUCCGGGUCAUGGAGCGGGUCGGACGCGUGAAGUGGCCGUGCUCCAGUCGAGCUGCUGCCGCUGCCUGCCGCGCGCAAUGCGCCUCACUUUUGCGCCAGAAUCACUGGAGAGAAUUUACCAGAACUACUUCUGCCGACAGAGACAAGAGAACAUGCUCGUGCUGGUGAUGUUUGCUGCUCUUUUCAACAGCUUCAUCAUCAUCAUGUGCGCGGUGGUGUACACUCAGGACAAACUGGCGAUGGUGGUGGUCGCAGCUGUGGCUCUGGCUGCGGACAUGGUGCUCUACGUGCUGUCCUGGCGACAGAAGCUCCCUGCGUCGCCAGUCUCACGCGCAGCAGUGCCGUACAUACUGUGGCUGAUGAUCACCGUCCACGUUUUAUGUUACAUUUUUCUGAAUUUCCAGCGUUUCCCCCAUGCCAGUGACUCUGUGGGCUGGCAGGUCUUUUUCAGUUUCUCCAGCUUUCUGACACUCCCGCUGAACAUGGUGCCGCUGCUCCUGCUCACAGCCCUCUCCUGUGGGAUAUACACCCUGGUACUGGGGCUGACCGUGGCUCAAACUUUACAGGACAACCUGCAGGGGCCCAUGCUGGCGAGACAGCUCCUAGCCAACGUGAUGCUGUACCUGUGCGCAGCCACAGUGGGUGUGAUGUCUUACUACAUGGCGGACAGGAAGUACAGGACAGCUUUUUUGGAGGCCCGUCAGUCACUAGAGGUCAAACUCACGCUGGAGGAGCAGAGCACCCAGCAGGAGGAACUAUUACUGUCCAUCCUGCCAAAACACAUCGCUGACGAGAUGCUGCAGGGCAUGAAGAACCAGGCCGAUCAGAAUGAGGGACAGCACCAGCAGUUCAACACCAUGUACAUGUACCGCCAUGAAAACGUCAGUAUCCUGUUUGCUGACAUUGUGGGCUUCACCCAGCUGUCCUCAGCCUGUAGCGCCCAGGAGCUUGUAAAGCUGCUUAAUGAACUGUUCGCCCGCUUUGAUAAACUGGCAGAAGAACAUCACCAGCUGAGGAUAAAGAUCCUCGGAGACUGUUACUAUUGCAUCUGUGGUCUUCCUGACUUCAGAGAUGACCACGCUGCCUGCUCCAUAAUGAUGGGCCUAGCGAUGGUAGACGCCAUAUCGUACGUGCGAGAGAAGACUAAAACUGACGUGGACAUGCGUGUGGGCGUUCACACGGGCACCGUGCUGGGAGGAGUGCUCGGGCAGAAGAGGUGGCAGUUUGACGUUUGGUCCACAGAUGUCACUGUAGCCAAUAAGAUGGAAUCUGGGGGGAUUCCUGGGAGAGUGCAUAUUUCCCAGACCACCAAGGACAGUCUGCAUGGAGAAUUUGAGCUGGAGCCAGGGGACGGCGGGGAAAGGUGCGAGUACCUGCUGGAGAAAGGCAUCGACACUUACUUGGUUCUAGUGUCUAAACAGGUGGCGAAUGGGCACAGUGAAAAUAAACCAGGCACAUUGUCCAACAGAAAUUCAGACAAGUUGAUCAGCACUACAGAAACCAAUUGCAAUGCAGCAUCACCCCAAUCCACACCCACUGAGUCUAAACAGGAGAGGAAUAAGAUGGUCGAGGAACAAGUGAUCAACAGUCGUCUGCAGCAGGAGCUGCUGGAGAGAGAAACUCAGCAAAUAAUAAAGGAUCAUCAGAUCAACCCUGUGUCGUUGUGUUUUGUGGAUGGAAAGUUGGAGGAGCACUACUCCUCAGAGAAGGAGAAGCGAAGCGGAGCGGCCUUCUGCUGCUGCAUCAUAGUGCUCUUCUUCAUCACAGCAAUGGAGGUGUUUAUAGACCCACUUUUGGCUGUCAACUAUGUGACCUUUGCAAUAGGAGAGGUGUUGUUGCUUAUCCUCGCAGUGUGCUCCCUGGCUGCCAUCUUCCCCAGGAUGUUCUCCAAAAGGUUGGUGUCUUUCUCAGUGUGGAUUGAUCGCACACGGUGGGCCAGAAACACAUGGGCCAUGGCGGCCAUAUUUGUUCUCACCAUGGCUGUGAUCGCUGACAUGCUGAGCUGUGUUCCACCUUCCCUUCAAGUCAUCAACAGCACCUCCGGCCCCGUGCUGGAGUCACUUGGUGACCGAGGCUGUGCAGAGAAUCCAAAGCACUACAGCUUCAUGGCUGUGAUGUCACUCAUCGCCACCGCCAUGUUGGUACAGGUCAGCCACCUGAUUAAGCUGGGCCUCAUGAUGCUGGUCGUCACAGCAACUGGAGCUGUUAAUAUCUACAGCUGGAGGGACAUUUAUGACCUGUAUGACUAUAUACAGUAUGCCUCAUACAGAACAUCCAUAGUGCCAUCCAAGUACCUCAUGACCAUGAUGAUCAUUGUCAUGAUGAUUGGAUUCUACUUCUUUGCCCGCCAUUUGGAGCACCAGUCCAGGAAGCUGUUCCUGUGGAAGAUCGGUGUGCAUGACCAGAAGGAGAGGGUGUUUGAGAUGAGACGCUGGAACGAAGCGCUGGUCACCAACAUGCUGCCGGAGCAUGUGGCCAAACACUUUCUGGGCACUAAGAAGAGAGAUGAGGAGCUGUACAGCCAGUCUUACAAUGAAAUAGGUGUGAUGUUUGCUUCCAUCCCCAACUUUUCUGAUUUCUACACUGAAGAGAACAUCAACAACGGCGGCAUUGAGUGUCUCAGGAUUCUCAAUGAGAUCAUCUCCGACUUUGACAGUUUACUGGACAGGGAUGAGUUCCGCUGCAUCACUAAGAUCAAGACAAUAGGAAGCACCUACAUGGCUGCAUCAGGACUCACCCCAGAGAGCAACACGAAUGGAUACAGCAACCGCAAGCCAGAGGACCAGUCACUGAUCGAGCGCUGGCAGCACCUCGCUGACCUGGCUGACUUUGCCUUGGCCAUGAAAGUCACCCUCAACAACCUCAACAAACAGUCCUUCAACAACUUCAUGCUCCGAAUCGGUCUGAAUAAGGGGGGAGUUUUGGCUGGAGUGAUUGGAGCUCGUAAACCUCACUAUGAUAUCUGGGGCAACACAGUCAAUGUAGCCAGUAGAAUGGAGUCCACCGGAGUGAUGGGAAACAUCCAGGUAGUGGAGGACUGCUAUGACAUUCUAAAGGAGUAUGGCUUCCGCUUUAUCCGAAGAGGGCCCAUAAUUGUCAAAGGCAAAGGGGAGCUGCUUACCUUCUUCAUGAAAGGAAAAGACAAACCCAGCAGCAAUGGUGGUCCAGUGACCACUGCCCUUCCACACCAAGUUGGGGACAUUUGA